AUGCUGAUAUCGGCCCCAUCACGCCGGAUCAGCGUGUUCCCCCUUGGCCUCAGCAUGUUCCCCCUUGGCCUCAGCGUGUUCCCCCUUGGCCUCAGCGUGUUCCCCCUUGGCCUCAGCGUGUUCCCCCUUGGCCUCAGCGUGUUCCCCCCACUUGGCCUCAGCGUGUUCCCCCUUGGCCUCAGCGUGUUCCCCCCACUUGGCCUCAGCGUGUUCCCCCUUGGCCUCAGCCGUGCUCAUCCGAGUGACGAAAGAGUCUCACUUCAGCAGGCGCACCAGACAGACACCCCUCCCUUCCACCACGCCGUGCACAUCCGCGUGACCAAGGAGGCCGAUUUCAUCAAGCGCACCAGGCACCCCCCCUCCACCACCGUUGUUCUGGAGCUUCAAACCCACCUGACUCUGAACCGAGGCCUACUGUUUGGUCCUGAGUAUGCGUGCACGGUGCUGCGAUCGAGCGCGGGGACCAAAGGGAGGGGGUAUCGGCUGUACUUGCAUCGGGUGGAUGAGCCGCUGCUGAGAUUGUGGAACACCAGCAAUGUGAUUGUGCAGCGCGUGCAGAUGUCACAGCCAUUCCGAGCCUACUCACAGGCAUGCCCCAAGGAGAUUCCCGAAGUGGGAACAGACAUCAUCUGCCCUCUCAUCCACGUCUACCGCUCCUACGGCGUUCAGAUCGUUAAAGGCUACACGUUUGGCCGGGUGGACAUAAUGCGGACCAUGCACAGCCGCAUUGACUCGAUGAGGAUGACAGGCGUGUCCGACUUCAAGAGGGGCAACGGAGUGAUCCGAGUGAUGCUGUCGGGGUAUGGGCCGCUGCUGGUGCGGGCUUACAUCUACAUCACCAACAAUGAGGUCUAUGGCGCGUACAUGCCAGUGCUGUUACACGUGGGAGCGGUGGGCGUGGUCGUGAGGAACAACUACGUGCACGACUUCGUGUUUGCUGGAAUCACGUGCGGCAACAUGGUGCACUCACAGGGAGACUGCAUGCUCAGCACCAUCUCCAACAACCUCGUUGUGGCAGCAGGCCGGAACCUCACAGGGGGUUGGGACGCCACAGGGAUAUACUUCGUAACGCACUGGAUUAACCCGGGUAAUUUGGCGGAGUGCAACUACAUAAUCGGGGGUGACCACUGCUACUACCUGGACUAUGCCAGCUCGGGUGUGACUAUACGCGGAGGGGCUUGUAUCGGGACAGUGGAUGGCAUGAAGGUCAACAACGGGAAAUGGAACCGCAUAGAGCACGUGGUGAUGAAAGGCACGGAGGGCACGCCAGGGUGGUGCGCGUGCAUCACUGCCACCAUCUGCAACUGCCUCAAAGACCCGGGCAACUACUGGGACCGCAUGCGAGCCAAGUACUACAGCACUGCCGCGUUUCAGCAGGUGGGUCUUGUACCCCUUAUAACCCAACUCAUAAGAUGUUCUAGAGCAGUCUGCAACUGCCCCAAAGACCCCGGCAACUACUGGGACCACAUGCGAGCCAAUUACAACAGCACUGCCGCGUUUCAGCAGGUAUUUACCCUUUAUAGGGCAACUCAGUAA